AUGGUCACUAUGUCGAAUAUAACCAAUCCAAAUGAUGACCCGAACAUCGGUUCUUCACGAGGUGACCCCUCGUCAACAACUAGUUCACUUCUCAGUGGUAUCACCGGCUCCUCAGGCGGCUCCUCAGCUUCAGCAUUGUAUAUGACUCUGCUCCCAGCAUUGAUCUAUGCUGCAUUCUGGGUCGCUCUCUUUCUCAUCUUUCGACGAACUCAGCGCCGAUGGUAUGCGCCAAGAUCUUACCUUCCUGAGCUACAUGAGCAUCAAAGGACUCCGGAAUUGCCCGGUGGCUGGGUUGACUGGGUGGGAACGUUUUUGAAGAUCGAAGACAGCCAUGUCCUGCACCAUUCCUCACUAGACGGCUAUCUUUUCUUGAGGUUUUUGCGAGUUCUAUGUGCUACGUGCUUCACCGGUUGCUUGAUUACUUGGCCUAUUCUGUUUCCUAUUCAUGCUACUGGCGGAAAUGGGAACGUCCAGCUGGAUAUGCUAAGUUUUAGCAAUAUCAACAAUCCCACUAAAUACUAUGCCAACGCCAUUGUGGCACUGAUAUUUUUUACUUUCGUUUUCUAUGUCGUCGUUCGAGAGAGCAUGUACUAUGCAAACCUACGCCAGGCCUACCUCAACUCCCCAUCAUAUGUGUCCCGCAUGUCCUCCAGAACAGUCCUCUUCAUGUCAGUUCCACCAGACUAUAAAAAUGAGAAGAAGCUGCGACAAAUCUUUGGAGAUACCAUUAGUCGCAUCUGGAUCACCUCGAAAUGCGACGAAUUGGAGAAGAAAGUGGACCGUCGCGACAAGCUCUCUUACAGACUUGAAACAGCAGAAACAAAGCUCAUUCGACGAGCAAACAAAGCGCGCAAUAAUGCCAUAAAAAAAUGUGAGUUCUAUGCCGACUACUGUCUCCACUGCGAGUCAUCUACCCUUACAUGCAUCCACAAGGUCAAACGACCUAUGCACAGAUUGAACUUCUUCGGCCAAAAGGUCGACUCCAUUAAUUGGUACCGAGAGGAGCUAGCCAGAGUGACCGAGGAAGUGAAUAGUCUCCAGCAGAAACACCAAGACGGCGAAGCAAAACAGCUUUCAGCACUAUUCAUCGAGUUCCUGUCCCAGGCCGACGCCCAGAUUGCGCUGCAGACACUAUCUCACCAUCAGCCCUUCCAUAUGACACCUCGUUUCAUCGGAAUAUCUCCACAUGAGAUCGUGUGGUCUGCCCUCAAUCUGAGCUGGUGGCAGCGCAUUGUGCGAAAGUUUGCUGUGCAGGGAUUUCUGGCGGCGCUGGUUAUUUUCUGGUCUUUCCCAGCUGCAUUAGUUGGUACAAUUUCCAACAUUUCCUAUCUGACCAACCUCCUCCCUUUUCUCAAAUUUAUCGAUCGUCUUCCAGAUAUUAUCACUGGGGCUAUCGAAGGACUGCUCCCUUCUGCGGCUCUUGUGAUGCUGAUGUCGCUGGUUCCUAUUAUCUGUCGAAUUUGUGCCCGACGCGCAGGAGUGCCUUCAACAGCACGAGUCGAACUCUUUACGCAAUCAGCCCAUUUCGUCUUCCAGGUUGUGCAAGUAUUUUUGGUGACUACCAUCACAUCAGCCGCCUCAGCAGCGACGUCGCAAAUCAUCAAGGAUCCUCUCUCAGUGAAAGACUUGCUGGCCAAGAAUCUGCCAAAGUCCUCAAACUUCUACAUCUCAUACUUCCUGCUGCAGGGGCUGAGUCUGAGCUCUAUGGCUCUAGUGCAAAUCGCCAGUGCCUUAGUAUUUAAAUUUGUGACCGCGUUCUUCACCUACUCCCCUCGCCGCUCGUUUCAAAAAUGGGGACAGCUCGCUACCCUAAGCUGGGGCAACGUGUUCCCUGUCUUCACCAACAUGGGCGUGAUUGCACUAACUUAUUCGUGCAUCUCGCCGCUGAUCCUGGGCUUUGCCUUCUUCGGCUUAUACCUCGUCUACCAAGCAUAUCGAUACAACUUCCUCUAUGUCUACGACAUCGAGAUCGAUACCAGGGGUCUAGUCUACCCACGAGCACUACAGCACUUACUAACAGGUCUUUACCUAGCUGAAGUGUGCAUGAUAGGCCUAUUCGCAAUAAAAGGAGCCGUGGGUCCGCUCAUAAUAAUGUUGAUAUUUCUUAUCGGCAACGUCCUAGCUCACAUUUCCCUUAACGAAGCCCUCGCCCCGCUCAACACCUUCCUUCCUCGAUCUCUAGAUGCCGAAGAGGAGUAUCAACAAGAGAAAGAAUAUUCCCGGAACGAGAUGAACGAACAGCGCCGUCGCUCUAAACGCUUAGCGUUCUGGAGAUGGUUCCAUCCAAAUGUUUACAAGGACUAUGCAUCACUGCGGCGGAAGGUGCGCCGUAAUGGGAGCGGAGUUCAAUAUACAGCUGAGGAGAUGAGAACGGCAUACUGGGAGCCGUGUAUCUCGUCUCCUGCGCCUACUCUUUGGAUUCCACGUGAUCAGUGGGGUAUCAGUCAACAUGAGAUUAUGAAUACUGAUCCUGUCAUAAGGAUAACGGAUGAGGGUGCCCAUCUUAAUGGAAAAAAUAAUAUCGAGUGGGAUAGAGAUGAUCCUCAUCUUCCGCUGCGGAAUUUGAAGACGAUCUACUGA